AUAUAUAUUUGUCUACCUGUAAUAUUGGCACGAUUUUAAGAUGUUAAAUGUAAACUCAAUUUUCUAGCAGACAGUCAAAGCAGAAAAUAAAUUAAUUAGUUUAAAAGUGUGAUUAAUGUUAGAUCAGUAAAAAAAUAUAUUUUGAGGAAAAAAGUUCACAUUGCUUUUAAAGCCGGGCGAUUCCGUUUAAAAUUUACGCUUUUCAACUGUUUUAUUGUGUCUAUCAUGACAUUACCUAGUGCUGCUCGCGUCUAUACUGACGUUAAUGCACAUAAACCGGACGAAUAUUGGGACUACGAAAAUUAUGUUGUUGAUUGGGCUAAUCAGGAUGAUUACCAACUGGUUCGCAAACUGGGACGUGGCAAAUAUUCGGAAGUGUUUGAAGCUAUUAAUAUAACAACUACUGAAAAAUGUGUCGUAAAAAUUUUAAAGCCUGUUAAAAAGAAAAAAAUCAAGCGUGAAAUAAAAAUACUGGAGAAUUUACGUGGAGGAACUAAUAUUAUUACAUUAUUAGCAGUUGUAAAAGAUCCUGUUUCGCGUACUCCUGCCCUUAUAUUUGAGCAUGUCAACAAUACAGAUUUCAAGCAGCUCUAUCAAACGUUAACCGACUAUGAAAUUCGUUACUAUCUGUUUGAGCUACUUAAGGCGCUUGACUACUGCCACAGUAUGGGUAUAAUGCAUCGCGACGUAAAGCCGCAUAAUGUUAUGAUUGAUCAUGAGAACAGGAAACUUCGUCUAAUUGAUUGGGGAUUAGCAGAAUUUUAUCAUCCGGGACAAGAAUAUAAUGUACGUGUUGCUUCUCGUUAUUUUAAAGGUCCAGAACUUUUGGUCGACUACCAAAUGUACGACUAUUCAUUAGAUAUGUGGUCCUUAGGUUGUAUGUUGGCGUCAAUGAUUUUUCGAAAAGAGCCUUUCUUCCAUGGUCACGACAAUUAUGAUCAGCUUGUACGAAUUGCUAAAGUGCUGGGCACUGAAGAACUGUACGCUUAUUUAGAUAAGUACAACAUUGAUUUGGAUCCACGGUUCCAUGACAUGUUACAGCGACAUUCUCGCAAACGAUGGGAGCGAUUUGUACAUUCAGAUAACCAACAUCUUGUUUCACCAGAAGCACUUGACUUUCUGGAUAAACUAUUGCGUUACGAUCAUGUCGAACGACUCACAGCGCGUGAGGCAAUGGCCCAUCCGUAUUUUUUACCUAUUGUAAAUGGACAGAUAAAAUCUAAUAAUCAGCAAUAAGAGUAGGCUUUUGAAAAAUCAAUUAUUCAAUUCACACCUGUGUUGAGAGAGUCACAACUGGAAGAGGUAAUAGAGCUACAAUGAAACAACAAAAGUGAAUGUAUUGAAAUCCGAUAAACAGUGCAGAUACACGUAUACAAUAUAUAUACUUAUAUAUAGACUUAUGUAUAUAUACAUA